AAGGCCGAAGGGCCCGAGGUGGACGUGACGCUGCCGACAGGAAACCUGGAUGUGUCCGGUCCCAAGGUGGACAUCGAAGGUCCAGAGGUGGAUGUUGAGCUGCCCGAGGGGAAGGUGAAGGGCCCCAAGUUCAAGAUGCCUGAGAUGCACAUCAAGGCCCCCAAGUUCUCCAUGCCUGAUGUCGACUUCAACCUGAAGGGCCCCAAGAUCAAGGGAGAUGUGGAUGUGUCAGUGCCCAAACUGGAAGGUGACCUGAAGGGCCCAGACAUUGACAUCAAAGGCCCCAAAGUCGAUGUUGAUCUUCCUGAUGUUGAGCUGGAAGGGCCUGAAGGAAAACUGAAGGGCCCCAAGUUCAAGAUGCCCGAGAUGCAUUUUAAGGCUCCCAAAAUCUCCAUGCCCGACAUCGAUUUCAACCUAAAAGGUCCCAAGGUCAAGGGUGACGUGGAUGUGUCUCUGCCCAAGAUGGAAGGAGAUUUAAAGGGCCCAGACAUUGACAUCAAAGGCCCCAAAGUCGACGUUGAUCUUCCUGACGUUGAGCUGGAAGGGCCCGAGGGGAAGGUGAAGGGCCCCAAGUUCAAGAUGCCCGAGAUGCACAUCAAGGCCCCCAAGUUCUCCAUGCCCGACGUCGACUUCAGCCUGAAGGGCCCCAAAGUGAAGGGAGAUGUGGAUGUGUCUGUUCCCAAACUGGAGGGUGACCUGAAGGGCCCUGACCUGGACAUCAAGGGCCCCAAGGUCGAUGUUGACCUUCCUGAUGUCGAUUUGGAAGGGCCUGAAGGAAAACUGAAGGGCCCCAAGUUCAAGAUGCCCGAGAUGCACAUCAAGGCCCCCAAGAUCUCCCUGCCUGACGUUGACUUCAACCUGAAGGGCCCCAAAGUGAAGGGAGACGUGGAUGUGUCACUCCCAAAGCUGGAGGGUGACCUGAAGGGCCCUGAAUUGGACAUCAAGGGCCCCAAGGUGGACAUCGAGGCCCCUGACGUCGACAUCCACGGCCCAGAAGGCAAAAUCAAGAUGCCCAAGUUCAAGAUGCCCAAGUUUGGCUUUUCUGGCCCCAAAGUUGAAGGCCCCGAGGUGGACCUGACCCUGCCUGAUGCCGAUGUCUCUGUUUCGGGUCCGAAGGUCGACGUUUCCCUUCCUGACCUGGAGAUGGAAGGGCCCGAAGGAAAACUGAAGGGCCCCAAGUUCAAGAAGCCCGAGCUGCAGUUCAACGUCCCCAAAAUCUCCAUGCCUGACAUCGACCUCAACCUGAAGGGCCCCAAAGUGGAGGGGGAGCUGAAAGGCCCCAAGUUGGACAUCAAAGGACCGGAGCUCGAGGUCGAGGGGCCAAAGGUCGACCUGGAAGGAAAAGUUAAAAAACCCCGGUUCAAACUCCCCAAAUUUGGCUUUUCUGGCCCCAAAGUGCAGAGCCCUGAGGUGGAUGUGAAGCUGAAGAAACCCGAGGUGGAAGUGUCGGGCCCCAAGGUCGAGGUCCAGGCUCCGGAUCUCGAUGUCCAGGCCAAAUCCAAAGGCUCCAAGUUCAAGAUGCCUUUCCUGAACAUUUCCUCCCCCAAAGUGUCGAUGCCGGACGUGGAACUGAACCUGAAAGGGCACAAAAUGAAAGGGGAGCUGGACCUGUCUGGCCCCAAACUGGAAGGGGAGCUGAAGGGGCCCGAGCUGGACAUCAAGGGCCCCAAGGUGGACAUAGAAGGCCCUGAGGUGGAGCUUGAAGGCCCAGAGGGGAAGAUCAAGGGCCCCAAGUUCAAGAUGCCCGAGAUGAACAUCAAGGCCCCCAAAAUCUCCAUGCCCGACAUUGACCUGAACCUGAAGGGCCCCAAAGUGGACGUGGAAGGUCCCGACCUCGACGUGGAAGGUCCCAAAGGAAAAAUCAAAGGCCCCAAGUUCAAGAUGCCUGAGAUGAACAUCAAAGCCCCCAACCUGUCCAUGCCAGACCUGGACUUGAACCUGAAGGGUCCCAAAUUCAAAGGGGGGGUGGAUGUGGAUCUGUCGGCGCCAAAACUCGAGGGGGACGUGAACCUGCCGGACGUCGACAUCAAGGGCCCCAAAGUGGACAUUGAGGGUCCAGAGCUGGACAUUGAUGGGCCUGAGGGGAAGGUGAAGGGCCCUAAGUUCAAGAUGCCCGAGAUGCACAUCAAGGCCCCCAAAAUCUCCAUGCCCGACGUCGACUUCAACCUCAAGGGCCCCAAAGUGAAGGGAGAUGUGGAUGUGUCACUCCCAAAGCUGGAGGGUGACCUGAAGGGCCCUGACCUGGACAUCAAGGGCCCCAAGGUGGACAUCGAGGCCCCCGAUGUCGACAUCCACGGCCCAGAAGGCAAAAUCAAAUUCCCCAAGUUCAAGAUGCCCAAGUUUGGGAUGCCUGGGGUCAAGGCCGAAGGGCCCGAGGUGGACGUGACGCUGCCGACAGGAAACCUGGAUGUGUCCGGUCCCAAGGUGGACAUCGAAGGUCCAGAGGUGGAUGUUGAGCUGCCCGAGGGGAAGGUGAAGGGCCCCAAGUUCAAGAUGCCUGAGAUGCACAUCAAGACCCCCAAAAUCUCGAUGCCCGACAUUGAUUUGAACUUGAAGGGUCCCAAAUUGAAGGGAGAUGUGGAUGUGUCUGUUCCCAAACUGGAAGGUGACCUGAAGGGCCCAGACAUUGACAUCAAGGGCCCCAAAGUUGAUGUUGACCUUCCUGAUGUUGAGCUGGAAGGGCCUGAAGGAAAACUGAAAGGCCCCAAGUUCAAGAUGCCCGAGAUGCACUUUAAGGCUCCCAAAAUCUCGAUGCCGGACUUUGACCUGAACCUGAAGGGCCCCAAAGUGAAGGGAGAUGUGGAUGUGUCAGUGCCAAAGCUGGAGGGUGACCUGAAGGGCCCUGACCUGGACAUCAAGGGCCCCAAAGUCGACAUUGACCUUCCUGAUGUUGAGCUGGAAGGGCCUGAGGGGAAGAUCAAGGGCCCCAAGUUCAAGAUGCCCGAGAUGAACAUCAAGGCCCCCAAAAUCUCCAUGCCCGACAUCGACCUGAACCUGAAGGGCCCCAAGAUCAAGGGAGAUGUGGAUGUGUCCCUUCCCAAGGUGGAGGGUGACUUGAAAGGUCCUGAAAUAGACAUCAAAGGCCCCAAGGUUGAUGUUGACCUUCCUGAUGUUGAACUGGAAGGUCCUGAAGGAAAACUGAAGGGCCCCAAGUUCAAGAUGCCCGAGAUGCACAUCAAGGCCCCCAAAAUCUCCAUGCCAGACUUUGAUUUCAACCUGAAGGGCCCCAAAGUGAAGGGAGACGUGGAUGUGUCACUCCCAAAGCUGGAGGGUGACCUGAAGGGCCCUGACCUGGACAUCAAAGGCCCCAAAGUCAACGUUGAGGCCCCUGACGUCGACAUUCAUGGUCCGGAGGGGAAGUUCAAGAUGCCCAAGUUCAAGAUGCCCAAGUUUGGGAUGCCUGGGGUCAAGGCCGAAGGACCCGAGGUGGACGUGACGCUGCCGACAGGAAACCUGGAUGUGUCCGGUCCCAAGGUGGACAUCGAAGGUCCAGAGGUGGAUGUUGAGCUGCCCGAGGGGAAGGUGAAGGGCCCCAAGUUCAAGAUGCCCGAGAUGCACUUUAAGACCCCCAAAAUCUCCAUGCCCGACAUCGAUUUGAACUUGAAGGGCCCCAAAGUGAAGGGAGAUGUGGAUGUGUCUCUGCCCAAGAUGGAAGGAGAUUUGAAAGCCCCAGACAUUGACAUCAAAGGCCCCAAAGUCGAUGUUGAUCUUCCCAACGUUGAGCUGGAAGGGCCUGAGGGGAAGAUCAAAGGCCCCAAGUUCAAGAUGCCCGAGAUGCACAUCAAGGCCCCCAAGAUCUCCAUGCCCGACGUCGACUUCAACCUGAAGGGCCCCAAAGUCAAAGGGGACAUCGAUGUUUCUGUCCCUAAGCUGGAGGGUGACCUGAAGGGCCCUGAACUGGACAUCAAGGGCCCCAAGGUGGACAUCGAGGCCCCUGACGUCGACAUUCACGGCCCAGAAGGCAAAAUCAAGUUCCCCAAGUUCAAGAUGCCCAAAUUUGGGCUGCCCGGGGUCAAAGCAGAGGGGCCCGAGGUGGACGUGACGCUGCCGACAGGAAACCUGGAUGUGUCCGGUCCCAAGGUGGACAUCGAAGGUCCAGAGGUGGACAUUGAAGGUCCCGAAGGAAAACUGAAGGGCCCCAAGUUCAAGAUGCCUGAGAUGCACAUCAAGGCCCCCAAAAUCUCGAUGCCAGACCUGGAUCUGAACCUGAAGGGCCCCAAAGUCAAGGGGGAGGUGGACGUGGCCCUGCCGGGGGUCGAGGGAGAACUGAAGGGUCCCCAGGUCGGCGUCGCCGCCCCCGAGGUCCACGUGGACAGCCCGGAGGGCAAAUUCAAACUCCCCAAAUUCAAGAUGCCCAAAUUUUCCAUGCCCGGGUUCAAAGGGGAGGGGCCGGAGGUGGACGUGACCCUCCCCAAGGGCGACCUCGAGGUGGACGUGGAGGCUCCUGAUCUGAGUGUGGAUGGGAAGGUCAAAGGCCCCAAAUUCUCCCUGCCCGAGGUGAACAUCAAAGCCCCCAAAAUCUCCAUGCCUGACGUCGACUUCAACAUCAAAGGCCCCCACCUGAAAGGGGACGUCGAUCUGUCGGCCCCCGGGCUGGGGGGGGACCUCCAAGCCCCCCAGGUCGACCUCAAAGGCCCCAAAAUCGACCUCGAGGCUCCCGACGUGACCCUGGAAGGGCCUGAGGGGAAACUCAAGGGCCCCAAGUUCAAGAUGCCCGAGAUGAACAUCAAGGCCCCCAAAAUCUCCGUGCCCGACGUCGACUUCAACCUGAAGGGCCCCAAGGUCAAGAGCGACCUGGGCGUGGAGGGGAACCUGCAGGGCCCGGACCUCGACCUCAAGGGCCCCAAACUGGACAUUGGAGCCCCUGAAGUGACCGUGGAAGGGCCCAAGAUCAAGAUGCCCGAAAUGCACCUCAAGACCCCCCAGAUCUCCAUGCCCGACAUUGACUUGAACCUGAAGGGCUUGAAGGGCAAAGGCGACGCCGAAUUCCACGGCCCGAAGCUCGAGGGGGGCCUGAAGGGUCCCGAGGUCGACAUCAAGGCUCCCAAAGUUGACAUCAAGGCUCCCAAGGUCGACAUCGAGGGCCCGGCGGUCGACGUCGAUGGGCUGGAAGGGAAAGUGAAGCUGCCCAAAAUGAAAAUACCCAAAUUUGGCUUCAAGGGGAAGGCCCAGGUGGACGUGGACUUGCCCAAGGCCGAGGUCGAGCUCUCGGGCCCCAGGGUGGACCUCGGCGUCCCCGAGGUGAGCCUGGAGGGCCCCGAGGGCAAAGUGAAGGGCCCCAAGCUGAAAAUGCCCGAAAUGCACGUGAACGUCCCCAAAAUCUCCAUGCCCGAGAUAGACUUGAACCUGAAAGGCCACAAAACCAAGGGUGGCUUUGAGCUUUCCACCCCCAAGCUGGAAGGUCACCUGAAAGGGCCCGAGGUCGACCUGAAAGGGCCGGAAUUGGGGGUCAAAGGCCCCGAGGUGGAGGUGGAAUGUCCCGACCUGAGCGUGGAGGGCCCCGAGGCCAACGUCAAACUCCCCAAGUUCAAGAAGUCCAAGUUCGGGUUCGGGAUGAAGAGCCCGAAGGCCGACGUGGAUCUCCCCGAGGGGGAGCUGAGCCUGGAGCCCCCCGACGCCCACCUGUCCGCCAAGGGCAAGAAGAGCAAGUUCAAGAUGCCCAAAAUCCACAUGAGCGGCCCCAAAGUGAAGGGCAAGAAGGGGGCGUUCGACGUGACGGCGGCCGGGGCCGAGCUGGACGGGGAGCUCGGCGUGGCCGGCCCCGACGCCGCCGUCAAGUCCCCCAAGGGGAAGAAGCCCAUGUUUGGCAAGAUCUCCUUCCCAGACGUCGAGUUCGACCUCAAGUCGCACCGGUUCCGAGGGGAGGCGUCCGGGGGGGCCCCCAAAGUGGAAGGGGAGCUCCGAGCGCCGGGCCUGGAGGUCUCCGUGCCUGGCGUGGACGUGGAAGCCCCCGACGUGAACCUGAAGGCCCCGAAGCUCCAACUCCCCGGGGGCCAGGUGGGUGUGGGGGACGGGAAGGUCGGGGGGGACCUGAAGGGGGUCGAGGCGCCGGAGUUCAGCCUGAGAGGACCAAAAGUGAAAGGGGAAAUGGGCGUUUCUGGAGCAGAACUGGAAGGCCCCGAGGGAAAAGUGGGGUGGCCCAAAGGGGGGAAAGGGGGAGCGGGGCUGGAAAUGCCGGGGGUGAGCUUGGAUGUGCCGGGGACUGACGUGAAGCUCAGAGGGCCCCAAAUCUCCGGCCCGGAGCUCGAGGGGAACCUGAAAGGACCAAAGUUGAAGGGAGAGUUGGAUGUCUCGGGCUCCGUGGAAGGGCCCAGCGUUGACCUGGGAGGUUUGGGGGGGAAGAUGAAGCUGCCGAAGGUGAAGUCGCCCGAUCUGAGCGCCCAGGGGGGCGUUUCCUGCUCCGUCCCAAAAGUGGAGGUGGGCUCCCCAUCCCUUGGGGCUGACCUCGCCCUCUCCGCCCCGGAUCUGGACGUCAACCUGAAAGGACCAAAGCUGAAAGGAGAUUUGGGCGCCAAAUCCCCCGAGACGUCGGCGGGCGACGCCGACUUCGAGAUCCUCGGGGGCACCAUCAAACUCCCGUCCCUGAAACUCCCCCAGUUCAGCGUCUCUGGCCCUGGUAUGGAGGGAGGGGACGUGGCCGUGGCUCUGGAAGGCCCCCAGGCCAAGGGGGUGCUGAAGGGCUCCACUGUGGGGCUGGAAGGACCCGACAUCGACCUGAGGCUGAAGGGACCGAGCGUGGACGUGUCCGGUGACAUCAAAGCCCCGAAGGUCGGCCUGGAGUCCCCUCGUGCCGAGCUGGAGGUUUCGGGCUCGGGUUUGAACGUCAACGCCAAAGGGCCGAAGGUGAAGGUCGGGGGCGAGGCCGGGACCUUUCAGCUCUGCGGCCCCAGGGCGGGCGCGGCGGGGCCCGAGGGCGGCCAGGUCAGGGUGUCCUUCCCCAAGCUGCGGAUGCCCAAGUUCGUCUUCUCCGACGCCGAGGCCAAGGGCCGGGAGGUGGGAGUGGACGUCGAGUUCCCCGCGGCCGACGUGGCGGCCGAGCCGGAGCCGGACGAGGCUGACGGGCGGCUCAAGAAACCCAAACUCAAGAUGCCCAAGUUCAACUUCUCCAAGCAGAAAGGGCGGGCGGGCGGAGGCGCCCCCGGCUCCCCCGAGGCCUCGGGGUCCGUCUCGGGCUCCCGGGGGGACCUGAAGAGCUCCAAGGCCAGCCUGGGCUCGGCCGAGGGCGACGCCGAGGCCGAGGCGCCGUCGGCCAAGGGGAAAUUCUCCCUGUUCCGCCCCAAGAAGCAGCGGCCGCGCUCGUCGUCCUUCAGCGACGACGCCUCGGCCUCGCGGGGCCCGGCGGGAGAGCCCAGGGCGCCCAAGGUGAAAUUCGGGACCUUCGGGGGCAUCGGCUCCAAGAGCAAAGGUUGUUACGAGGUGACGGCGAGCGACGACGAGCCGGGCAGGGCCGGGGGCCCCCAAAAAUCCCGCCUGUCGUCGUCCUCGUCCUCCUCCGAGGGCCCCGAGCGCAAGGAGUGAGGGGGGGGUUGUAAAUAGUCCUGACCG